AUGGCGUCUUCAUCUUCCCCGAAGCCUUUCGAGGGCAUCGGCUUGCACCAGCAGGAUAGCGCCGUGCAUCUAGGAGACGACGCGCCUUCCUCCAGCUCGUACCCACAACAACACGCCCCCGUACACCACGCAGCGCCACAAGACUCCGAAGCUUCCCCCGUAGACGACGACGAUGGCCUUGGCUUCUCGUCCGACUCAGCCUUCGACAGCGGCAGCCUCCUUGGCGACGAGACCGAUUCGCUAGCCUCGUCCAUCCUCCACCACCGCAUGGAGAAUGGACGGCAGUACCACGCAUACCGCGACGGCGCAUACUGGGGGCCGAAUGAUGAGCUGGCGAAAGAGAUACUGGACUUCGCGCACCACAUGUACCUCCUGACGCUCGACCAGAAGCUGCAUCUUGCGCCGCUGGUUAAUCCACAGACGAUAUUAGAUUGCGGCACAGGAACCGGCAUAUGGGCAAUUGACAUGGCAGACCAAUACCCCUCAGCAACAGUAACAGGAACCGACCUCUCCCCCAUCCAACCCGAAUGGGUCCCGCCAAACUGCCACUUCGAAAUCGACGACGUCUCGCUCGAAUGGACCUUCCCGCCCAACCACUUCGACUUCAUCCACAUCCGCGAGCUCUUCGGCUGCAUCCCAGAUUGGGACUUCUUCUUCCAGCAAGCCUACAAACACACGAAACCAGGCGGCUGGAUAGAAAUAGUAGAGCACUCCGUAUGUCCUACAUCCGAUGAUGGGUCAAUGGGGCCAGAUCACUUCUACCAUACCUGGGGCAAGGUGGUGGUGGAGAUGGGCGAUCUCGUCUACGCGAGGAAGCCCAUGAAGUGA